AUGGCGAAGCCUCUCCGCUCUCCCAUUCCCGGCCUGCCCCUCCUCCCCGCCUCCCUCCUCCUCGUGCUCUUCCUCCUCCUCUCUCCCUACUCCUCCCCCUUCCUCCCGCCCGCGCCGCUUCUGGCGGCUGCUCAGCCCACGGCGGCGGCAGCAGCAGCAGCAACGGCGUCCGCGACGGGCAGGGAGAUGGGGCGCGCGCAGGAGUCGGGGUUCUGUGACCGCUUCGUGCGGCCGUAUGGGCUGCAGUGCCGCGAGUACCAGAUCACCACGAGUGACGGGUACAUUCUGAGCAUCCAGCGCAUCAGCAACACGUCUGUCACCGCGCCUCCCAUCACCAUGCCCGCUGCCUCCACCUCUGCUGUUUCUGCUGCCACAGCCCCACUCACCACCACCACACCCACGCCUGCUCCCACCAACGCGGUUUCCGCGGCCGGCGCCUCACAACUCGUCUCGACUCUCUCUUCCUCCCUCCUCCCCUUCCCUCUCGUUCCCCCGUACCAUUGCCCCAUCACGCGCCCAUCAGGCAACCCAUGCUGCACGGACCCUAUGGAGCCCCCUGCUGCCCCCCCUGGGUGGAUUGCCACGUCGUACCGCAACCUCAUUCACUACCAGCAGCGUGAAUUCUCACACAGCAUUAUGGCCAAAUUCCCUUGCGCCCUCCCGUUCCCCCUCCCCGUACCCGCGCGCCUUUCCCUCAUUGCCCUCCUCGCGCUCAUCGCGCUCCUCCGCGAGGCAGAGGCCUACACCGAGCCGCCGAUCCCCGACGGGUGCGUCGCGGAGAUAGCGGAGGUCGACCGGGAGGCCAUGCGUGCGGUGUACGCGGCGCUGCCGGAGAGGAUGUUCUUCUGGCACGACGACAUAACGCAGUUCAAGCUGUUUGAUGACAGCCACAACGUCUCCUACUGCUGCAUCGCGCCCAAGCCCGCUAAUGUGUCGUGCCGCCUCUGGUGCCCGCUCGAGUGCACGCCAGCCGGCCACAUAACGGGCAUUUUUUCCGACCCGAGCCGCCACGACAUGCCCGGGCCCGGCGGGAGCGGAGGGAGCUGUCCGCCCGGCACGCUGUCGCCCGCCAUAGGCGACCUCGCGGAGCUCUCGUCGCUGGUUUUCCGCCACUCGUGCCUCGCCGGCGACUUGCCGGAGUCCGUCACGCGCCUCCAGAAGCUGACAGAAAUCGAAAUGCCCGAAAACAACUUCACCGGGCCCAUUCCGCCAGGCCUUUUCCGCCUGCCCGCGCUCCGCCACGUGGAUCUCAACACAAUUAGUCUUCACUCGUACUUUCAACAUGAAGGCCUUUCGGGGUCCCUUCCCGAUGGGCCCGACGCGUACUCUCCGUCGCUCGAAACGUCGCUCACGGAGCUCAACGAGGUGCGACUCGACAGCAACGCGCCCAUCGUGCCGUUCUGCGAGGCGCUGCUGUCGGCGAGCGAGCUCUGGCUGGGCUUCAACGACCUGGGCGGCGCGAGCGCCGGAAGCAGCGCCAGCGCCACCGGCGGCGGCGGCGGCGGCGGGGGCGGCGGAGGUGAGGCGAACGAGGGGGCCUCUCUGCACGGUUGCGUGCUGCCCGCGAAGCUAGAGAGACUAAGCGUGCCGCACGCGGGCCUCCGGGGGAGCGUUCCGACCGACCUGUUCCUCGCGACGAAUGCGCAGUCGGGGCGCAAGCCAUCCAUGGGCGGUUUGGGUAGGUUUAUCCGGAUCGACCUGAGUCACAACAGCCUCUCGCGCAACCUGCGAGCUUUCACGGUGCUUCCGUCCGGGGACUUGGAUCUGUCGCACAACAACUUCUCGGGCAGUAUUCCCGAGGCAUUUUUCAGCGACGACUUCUGGCUCGUGGACAUGCGGUUUAAUGAGCUAUCGGGGCCGCUGUUUGACGCGCGCCGGGUUUGGAGUUACGACUGGGACGUGCUGCGCAUGAGCAACAACAGCGCGCGGAUGGCGGGCGCCGUGGGUGCGGGGUACCUUCCCGCGCCGGCGCCUGGCGUGCAGGCGUCCGCUGCGGAGACUGCUGCUCUGCUGGCGGUGCGCGAUGCGCUCCUAGGGGAAGCAGCGGGGGGAACAGUCGGAGGAGCAGGGGGGGGAACGGCGUUAGUGAACGGCGGAAACGGCUCGUGGGCGGAGAUACUGCGCAGCUGGGACGUGAGCAGCAGCAGCCCGUACUGCGUGGGGUGCACAGUAGACGGACAAGUGGACAGUCUGCACCUGUUAGGCGCUUCCAACAUCACCCUGCACCCCAACUUCGUCCCGGAAUCGCCCGAAUGCGUGUACGACCAGUACGGUGACCAGACAUGCGCGCACGACGUUCCGCCGCCUCCAAAUACGCAACUCCCAUAA